AUGAAGAAGAUUGUAGAUGAUUUCCUGAAACUGCUGGGGCUACGCGAUUCACGGCGACUGUCCUUCUCCACCUAUCCGCAUCGGGGUAAACGACAUGACCACCACUGGGGCCCAUCCAAUCUGGAAAAACGCGGCAGGUCCACUACUUUUCUAGACUCUCCCGAUGGGCUGGAGACUCCCGAGCCCAUCUCCCUCGGCUUCAACAGUCCACCCUCUCGCCAGACGGCGUCCCCUCGCCCACAGGUAGACCCCCUCGACCUGCCGCUCCCGGACCUGGACUGUUUCUCCGAAACCUGGCCAAGUACGGACGCCUCCCAUCAUGGCCCCAGUAAGGACAUCAGUGCCGUUUCCCCGAGCUCCGGAAAAUCUAAGGAACCACAGGAGCACCCAGAGCAUCCAGAUCAGCAACACUCGCCCCAGAUGCAACUACUCUCUCCCGGGCCAGACGCCAUCGACGCGGAGUUUCGCGCAGAGCUCGCCGAGGCCGUCGCCCUGCUGAUCAACCAGCAGCGGAAUGCGUCUGCGCAGCGAGCUCAUGUGCGCGAGCUGCGCACCGCCCUCCGGCACAAACGCGACGAGGAGGCCGAGCUGCGCGCGGAUUUGAUGAAAACGCUCUUCCCGCUCUUUACGGCGAAUGUACCGUCGAGUUUCAACCCGACGGAUAAUGUCGCCCUUGUCGAAGAGUAUGAUCUGCUGCAGGCCGCCACCGUGGAGUACCUCGAACUCGAGCAAACUUACCAACAGGCCGAAGAUCAGCUGGGUGAGCAGGAGUACAUGCUCGCGAGGUCGAUGGAGCGCUUCGUCCGCUUCACGCAGGGCACCCACGACGCCGCGGGGCAGGACAGUCCGGCUGCUAGGCCGGUGGCCCACGAGAUCAUCCACGACGAUGCAAGCUCGUACGACAGCGCCCCGCGCGAUAUCCCCGCGGGGCUGCGGGCGUAUCUAUCCCGUGUGGGCGACGUGCAGAUCCUUCAGGAGCGUCUCGCAGACCUGGACGCCCACUAUGCCUCGAUCAUGGGAAAACAAGAACAACGAAAUGUCUUCCACAUCCCGCUUGACGAGGAAUCGUGGGAGUUUCUACAGACCUUCGACGAAGAGUGGACCGAAACCUUCGCGGAUCUGACCCAAGCCCAGUGGGAUGCACAGGAUCUAGAAGCCAUCUGCGUGGAAACAGGCGUGCUAACAGACGAGUAUAAAAACAGCCUGGAUUAUGUAUACCAGUUUGACUUCGUGUACCAAGUAAGCGUGAUCAACAACGGGGAAAAUAUCUUUCGUGACGUUGAGAUUCCGCUGAAGCUGCGGGCCGAGCCGGCCGAGCCGCAAGAUCAAGUGGUCUUCUUUGAAGGAGUCCCGGCGGAGCUCGAUGCAUCGUUGUCUGGCGAGUUCAAGGCGCCAAAGAUGGACAAGGCCACGUUCAUCAACCGAUGGGUCUGGCAUCAGCUUCGCAUCUCGACCAUCGAGAUCCGCCGGCUAGAAGCAUGGUACGCGGUUCACGGGAUCUGGGAUGAGGGCUAUGACUACGGCACGAUAGGCGAGAUAGCCCAGGCAGAAUGGUUCAAGGAUAAGCGAGCGACAUCAGCCAGCUCAAUAAGCGAGGUGGAUGCUCUUUCAAAUGACUCCCCAGAGAUUAUGGAUCCCGCCACGGAGUCCAAGGGAAGCCUGCGGCCCUUUUUUGAGAAGGAGAUCCGAAGGAACGCGGCCGGUCUGUCUCUUUCGCAUGGCUCACUAGGGUGA